GGGGUUUUGUCAAUACGCUUUGCAUGGCGCUCGUGCCCAAGCGACUCGGGCUCAAGUACAGGCCCGUGCCGACGCUCGCGGUCGAGUACGAAGGCGUCGACCAUGCGCUUCACGUCGAGGUUAUCGAACUGCCCGACAUUCACUUGCGCUCGACCGCCACCGAGCUCCUAAAGCGUGUCCAGACCUCCCAUGAGGUGUUUCGCUCAAGUGUUGUCAACCACGAGCAGCUCACGCGGCUGCUCGAGCAGCUCAUUUCGGAGACGACACGCCCAGCCGAGCCGCCUUUGCGCGCGGAGGAGUGCAUGCCCCCCGCGCCGCAGAGUGAUUUCCCACCUGCCAUUGUGGAGCGACCAACCCCUGUCGAAGUAGCACCAGAGAGCGACGACGAGGAAGCUGCGGAGAGCGCCGAGGAGGACGAGACACCACCGCCGGCAAUGAAGAUAGAACGUAUCGACGAACCGCAACGAGCCGUGAUGAUGGUCGACCGAGACGUGCUGCGUGACGCGCCACAGCAAACGACCGAGACGGUGCAGACAACCCCCGCUCGAGCGGGCGACGACGACGAGAACGAGCUGGCCAAGUCGGCGAGCGAAGAGGAAGAGUCGUUUGAAGAAAGCUUCAUGGAGGAGAGCGUUGAAGCAAGCGUGGAUCGGGACGCCGACGUCCGAAGCGAGGUGCCUGCUACUGCGGACGACCCGCCGCCGGUGACAGCGCUCGAGCCGGUGGCAGCACCAGCACCCGAGCCGGUCAAGGCGGCGCCGGUCGCGACACCGACGCCGGCGCUCGAAGAGUCGAAUGUCGAAGAGAGCAUGGAAGAGAUUACAUCCGAAGCCGAAGAAGAGCUAGAUUACUUUUCGGGUGGCGACGACAGCGGUGACGACGAAGGGUUUUAGCGUAAAACCCAUUUGUUAUCUUAGACUAGGACAAUUAUUGUUCUAUCUUCAACAAGCAAAAUUAUUGUUCUAUCUUAAACAAG